AUGUAUCGAUUUGUCAAUAAUCUAGCUUCUAAAGCAAGGGUUGCAAGGAGCAGCCAACUGGCCAGUAGUAGUAGGUUGUCCUGGAGCAGAAAUUAUGGGGCGAAGGACAUUAAAUUUGGGGUGGAAGCUCGGGGCGCCAUGCUUAGAGGCGUCGAAGAGCUUGCCGACACUGUUAAGGUUACAAUGGGGCCUAAAGGCCGUAAUGUUGUGAUAGAACAAAGUUAUGGGUCUCCAAAAGUGACCAAGGAUGGUGUUACAGUGGCAAAGAGCAUUGAGUUCAAGGAUAAAGUCAUGAAUAUUGGUGCGAACCUCGUAAAGCAGGUCGCUAAUGCCACCAAUGAUGUUGCAGGGGACGGUACCACUUGUGCAACCAUACUUACUCGUGCAAUAUAUGCUGAAGGAUGCAAAUCAGUGGCAGCUGGAAUGAAUGCCAUGGACUUGAGACGUGGGAUCAACUUGGCAGUUGAUACAGUAGUAACAAACUUGAAAAGCAGAGCCCGAAUGAUCAGCACAUCUGAAGAGAUUGCACAGGUUGGUACAAUAUCUGCGAAUGGAGAAAGAGAGAUUGGUGAGCUCAUUGCCAAGGCUAUGGAAAAAGUCGGCAAAGAGGGGGUUAUUACCAUUGCAGAUGGGAAGACACUAUAUAAUGAACUGGAGGUUGUUGAGGGUAUGAAGCUUGACAGGGGCUACAUAUCUCCUCACUUCAUCACCAACCAGAAGAACCAAAAAUGUGAAUUGGAAGACGCUCUAAUUCUAAUCCACGAGAAGAAAAUAGAAAGCUUGACUGCCCUAGUGAAAGCCCUAGAGAUAGCUUUGAAGAAGCAAAAACCUUUGUUGAUUGUUGCUGAAGAUUUAGAGAGUGAAGCAUUGGCAACUCUCAUUCUGAACAAGCUUCGAGUUGGAUUGAAGGUGUGCGCCAUUAAAGCUCCUGGAUAUGGAGAUAACAGGAAGGCAUAUUUACAGGACCUAGCAGUCUUAACAGGAGGGGAGGUCAUCACAAAUGAACUGGGAGGGGAUCUUGAAAACGUGACCAUUGACAUGUUUGGCUCAUGCAAGAAGGUUACCGUAUCAAAGGGUGACACGGUUAUUCUUGAUGGAGAUGGUGACAAAAAAUCGAUUGAAGAAAGAUGUGAACAGUUGAGGUCAGGAAUCGAGUUGAGCACUUCUGAUUAUGACAAAGAGAAGCUCGAAGAGAGACUUGCUAAGCUUUCCGGUGGUGUUGCUGUCUUAAAGAUUGGUGGAGCCAGCGAAGCCGAGGUUGGUGAGAAAAAGGACAGAGUUACUGAUGCUCUGAAUGCAACAAAAGCAGCUGUCGAAGAAGGCAUUGUACCUGGUGGUGGAGUUGCUCUCCUUUAUGCUUCCAAGGAGCUGGACAAGCUGCAAACGGCCAACUUUGACCAGAAAGUUGGUGUUCAGAUUAUCCAGAAUGCACUCAAGGCUCCAGUACACACAAUUGCCUCAAAUGCUGGGGUUGAAGGGGCUGUUGUGGUUGGAAAGCUUUUGGAGCAGGAUAAUCCUGACCUCGGUUAUGAUGCGGCUAAAGGCGAGUACCUCGACAUGGUUAAAGCUGGAAUUAUCGAUCCACUGAAAGUUAUCAGAACUGCCUUAGUGGAUGCUGCCAGUGUGUCUUCAUUGUUGACAACUACAGAGGCUGUUGUAUAUGAGCUCCCGAGGGACGAUAAGCCAUCUCCGGCAGCCGGCCGAGGCGGCGGCAUGGGAGGAAUGGGCGGCGGAAUGGGAGGAAUGGGUGGCAUGGGAGGAAUGGGCUUUUGA